AUGGGAGUUCCAGCUCUUUUUAGGUGGUUAUCCAAAAAAUAUCCUAAAAUCAUUGAACAGGUCAUCGAAGAACGACCAAUUGAAGUUAAUGGAGUAGAAAUUCCAGUUGAUAUUUCUAAACCAAAUCCUAAUAAGAUGGAGUUCGAUAAUUUAUAUUUAGAUAUGAAUGGCAUUAUUCAUCCUUGUUGUCAUCCGGAUAACAAGCCUGCUCCAGAAACUGAAGAAGAUAUGAUGAUUGAAAUAUUUAAAUAUACUGAGCGUAUAGUUGCUAUGAUUCGCCCUCGAAGGGUUUUAUAUCUCGCUAUUGAUGGAGUGGCACCUCGUGCUAAAAUGAAUCAACAAAGAUCUCGUAGAUUUAGAACUGCACAAGAAGAUAAAGAAAAGGCGGAAGAAGCAACUCAAGAGAUAGAAAGGCUUGAAGCGUCAGGACAAUCGAUAGAUACAACGCUCAAACAAAAAAAGUCAUUUGAUAGUAACUGUAUAACACCAGGUACGCCCUUUAUGGCACGUCUUGCAGAAUGUUUACGAUAUUGGAUCGCAGAUAAACUUAAUACAGAGCCAGGAUGGAAAAAUGCAUUCAUCUUAUCUGAUGCGAGUGUACCAGGCGAAGGUGAACACAAAAUUAUGGAUUUUAUUCGUGCACAACGAGGUAGUCCAUAUCACGAUCCUAACACUUGUCACGUAAUAUAUGGCUUGGAUGCCGAUCUUAUUAUGCUUUCAUUGGCUACACAUGAACCUCAUUUUAAAGUACUACGAGAAGACGUCUUCUUUCAAGAAGGAAUUUAUAGAGGAUGUUUUAUAU